ACCGACCUCUUAUAACUUGAAUACAAGAACAACUAACAAUCAUGCCGACAGACAUUUCAUCACGGAAACGAAGAAAGGUAGACUCCACCGCCGAGCAGGAAGAAAGAGCGGACAGCGGGGCCGGGAUGUUGGAUCAGGACGAGAUCCGGCGGCACAUGAUGGCGUUGAUGCAGCAGGGCGGAGAUGGCAAGCGAGAUUCCGAGGGCGAGGAUGACGAUGACGAAAGUGAGGAAGAAAUUGAAGGAAGUGAGAGCGGAAGCGAUGACGAGGAAGGUGAUGAGCAGGAGGACGACGGGGAGGACGAGGCAAAGCCAAAAGUGGAGCUGGAACUGGAUUCUGACGAUGCAGGAUCCGAUGACGAGGAGGAAGACGUCAAACCCGGACAGACCACCAAACUCGACCCUUCCGAUCUCAAACCUUCCUCCCUCUCCCGCAUCAAAUCACUUCCCUCCUCAUCCACCCCUACGUCUUCGAGCAAACCGGUCCUAAAAACGACCUUCUCCUCCCUAGGCAUCUCUCCUCGCCUAAUCACCUCGCUCCGAACGCUAGCCAUCUCCCGCCCUACGGAGAUCCAAGCGGCCUGUAUAGAACCAAUUCUGCAAGGUCGGGACUGUAUCGGAGGAGCCAAGACGGGAAGCGGAAAGACGAUGGCGUUUGCGCUGCCGAUAUUACAGAGGAUCGUCAAGGAUCCUUUCGGGAUCUUUGCUGUCGUCCUGACGCCUACUCGUGAACUGGCUUAUCAACUAGCCGAACAAUUCAUCGUCCUCGGCAAACCACUCGGACUGACGACCUCGACCAUCGUGGGCGGGAUGGACAUGAUGAAACAAGCCCGGGAACUCUGUUCCAAACCUCAUAUCGUCGUAGCCACACCCGGCCGGUUGGUGGACCUGCUCCGUUCAUCAGCCCACGGACAAUGGGACUUGGGGAGGGUCAAGACGUUGGUCCUGGACGAAGCCGAUCGACUCUUGACGCCGACAUUCGCACCCGACUUGGGAUUCUUGUUCCAAAACCUCCCCGAGGACAGACAGACGUGCCUGUUCACAGCAACCAUCUCGGAAGAGAUCGAAAAGCUCGUAGCCAGACCGCCUAGAAAGGGAAAGAUGAGGCCGUUCGUUCACAGGGUGGAGAGCGAGACGUUAACGGUAAAAGGGUUGAAGCAGAGUUACCUCUUCUUACCCGGACACGCGAGGGAUCCUUAUCUGUACUAUUUGUUGACGCAUCCGCCGAAGUCGAUCGCCCACCUGAGACAUAAAAAGGCCGUCGAUCGGGAGAUGGAACGAGAGCGGGAAUCGUCGAACAGCAACAACAAGAAACGGAAACAUCACGAAGGACGUGGGGUAGAGGAGCUCAACGAGGAAGGGGUGAAAGUAGAGGAUAUCCCAUCGACCAUCAUCUUUACCCAACGAUGCGCCACCGCCCACCUCUUACACCUCAUUCUCACCGAACUCGACAUUCCCUCUGUCGCGCUCCAUUCCCACCUCUCGCAACCGCAACGUCUCUUGUCCCUCGCCCAAUUCAGAGCUGGGCAGGUCCCGGUCCUGGUGACCACCGACGUCGGAUCGAGAGGGUUAGAUAUACCCGAAGUGGCCAUGGUCGUCAACUUUGAUUGUCCGAGGACGGGGGAGGAUUACGUUCAUAGGGUCGGAAGGACGGCGAGAGCGGGGAGAGGGGGGUUGGCAGUGACCAUCGUCACUGAGCGGGACGUUGAUCUGGUCAAGGGGAUCGAGGAGAUGACGAAGGUCAAUCUGGAAGAGAUGGAAUUGCCCGAAGACGACGUGCUCGAAAAGCUCAACCUUGUCUCGACCGCGCGGAGGGUGGCAAAUCUGGCCAUGCAAGAUUCCGGAUUUGGAGAGCGACAGGCGAUCAACAAGGCCAAGGAGAUCAAACGGAGAAGACGGGAUGCCAAGCUGGCCGGCAAGGGAUGAGGUUGGUAACGUAUAUU